AUUUUUUCCUUUCACACAACUACUGAAAAUUAAUAAUUCUUCUUAAUGGAAAAACCACCAAGACCUUUUAAAAAGAAAUCAAACAAAAAGAGACAUCAUCCAAUGUCUAUACAUCCUUAUUUGGAAUGUAUUCAAAAUGAAAUAAAAAAUUUACAAGACGAACUGAAUAACUUGGAAGAACAACAAAAGACAAGGGAAUUGAGUUUAGAAGAACAAUCAAAUAAACAAAUAGCAAAAGCUUGUCUUGAAAGAUACAAAUUAACUUUAACUAAAUUUACGGAUUCAUCAAUGAAAAGUAGAGUAACAUCCUAUACAGACACUAGAGAAAAAGACUUUAAACAAAAUAAUGAACAACAAAUCCUUUCCUUAUUACAAUUCUUUUAUUUUGUGCGUUUGGGACAAUUGGGUUUGUUCGAGAUGAUGGUCAAUCAUGUCACAGCACUAAAGAAGGAUUCAUCGUCACCAACUCAUGAUGACUAUUUAAAGGCUAUUACUGAUUUGUGUGAUCAAUUAGUAGGUGCUUCUGUUUAUCUAAAGACAGAUCCUUCUGCACACAUUCGAACAACAAAACGACAGCAAGUAUUUUCUUUAUUAAAGAAAUUAGAUUUAGGCCUUGAUGAACUCAUUCCAGAUCAGGAGAAAAUUACUUUUAAAGACAUAAAAAAUUUAAUUCAACAUGUGUGGGAUAAUACAGUGCCCGAAGAAGAUGUCAAUGAGAAUGCUCAAUUGGAUACCCUUCCUAUUCACCAGAACAAUAACAAACAAGAAGGGGAAGAGCAAGAGUUGUUAAGAAACAAUGAACCUGAAAAUCAAAAGACGGAAGAAAAUGAGCAAUUACCUACACAGACUAAACAGAAAAAGCAAAAGAAAAAAUCAAGUAACAAAAAUAACAUGGCUAUUAGCAGUGAGGAACAGGGGCCAGAUGAGAAUGUAUCAGUAGCUACUAAACCUGAAGAUUCUUGGGGAGAAGUCAUACCUGAAACAGCUGAUAGAUUAAAUGAGCAUUUAGGUUGGAAUAAAGUAAUUGAUAAUACGAUAAAAGGUGAUAGUUGGAAUACUGCAGAUAAUUCAGUCAAAACAGAAGAAGCAUUAGAAUCAACAAAGAAUGAUAAUUGGGCAUCUAAUAAACCAUUAGAAGAAGAAAACGAGAAUAAAACAGAAAAGAGUUCAAAAGAAAUACGUAAUGAAGACUCUCUUACGCAAAAAGAAUUACAUAAAGAAGAUUCUACUACUACAGAAAAUGAAAUAAAACAAGAAGAAUCUGCUCGUCCUCCAAAAAUUGAUUCAACACAAGAAGAAUGUAAUAUAGAAGAAAAACUUGAUUCAGAUAAAGAAUCAAAGCAAGCUAAUGUUGAACAACCUAUGUCAUCAUCCCCUUCAGUAACUACAGAUGAAGAUAAAAAGGAAGAAGAAGAAAAUGCAUCUUCUGAUGCUCAGGAUAUGAAAAGAAUAAAUCCAUCAGAUGCAAGUGGUAAUUGGAGACGUAGAGAGAGUAAUACCAGUCCUUCAUACCUUGGAAGGAGUGGAAAAGGAGGUCGAGGUCAUUAUAAUGGAGAUAAUACAUCACGUGGUCGAGGUCGUGGACAUGGUAGUCGAUUUAGAGGUAGAAGAGGAAAUGGCAACAGUACUAUACGUGGUAGGGGGCGUAGUAGCAAUAUAACUACAAAUGGUAGAGGCUUUGGACGUGACCAAAGAAGUAGUAAUGAUGAAUAA